ACAGCGCAAAACACAACAUAAACAAACCAAUGUCAAACGAACCAAAGCUCGCAGUGUAUUUGUAAAUUUUGGACGGUGCCUACACUAAAUUACGGCAAAAUGUUACCCAGUCUGGUGCAGGGACGCUGCAUACGAUUAAACUGGAAGUCGGUAGUGUUUUUAAUGAUGUCGCUCAUCCUUUCGCACAUACGAAUCACACAGUCAUCCGUAAAUUCUAACAAUCCUGAAGUUACUCCCACCAAACUGGAAAAAAUCAGCUCCGAUACGGACCGGUCUGCCGUAACCAUCAACUCGAGUUCUAAAUCAUCUUCCGACACGAGCCACUGCCCCACCGACACACUCUGCACCGAUCUGCCCAACUCUUGCCUGCAGUGCACGUACAACCCCCAGUGCAUCUACGGUGCAGAAAUCAAUGUAACCUGCCUGCCGAAAACGAACGUAAACUGUCACGUGGACAAGCUGAAGACACCGAUCCAGAACGAGAUCAAGCGUACCAUGAUCUGCCGGUACUGCUACCAGACGGAACGCUGGGAGCAUAACUGCGAACAGAAGGGUGGCUGCAACUCGAUCGAUUCACAGUACAAAACCAACUGCACCGUGCACCCGGAGCUGCUGUGCAUGGGCCACCGUACGUUCAUGAAGAAGAUCCCGUGCAACUGGACACAGGGCUACCGGUGGGUGACGACACUGCUCGUAAGCAUCACGCUCGGUGGGUUCGGUGCGGAUCGAUUCUUUCUCGGACACUGGCAGGAGGGGAUCGGAAAGCUGUUCAGUUUCGGUGGGCUGGGCGUUUGGACGCUGAUCGACGUGCUGCUCAUCUCGCUUCACUAUCUCGGUCCGGCCGAUGGAUCACUCUACAUCUAGCCCAAGCGAUCAGAACCAGCUGCAACAGUAAAAGCAAAAUUGUGAUACGUGUGACGCGUGUGCGAACUAUUUAGCCACUAAAUUGUAUAACCUUCCGGUGAAGCCUAAUAUAACCCCAGGUGGAUCGAUCGGGGGACUUGAUAAAACACGAUUGAUUCAAAUUUUUCGAUUUUUUUAUUGCUUUUUUUCUGUUUUACAAGUUUCGACAUUGUUUCCGGUGUUGUUUCGCAGCUGUUACACACACGUUCCAGAGAAACGUAAUCGUCAUUUGCGUUUGUCCCGAUUUUCAGAUGUUAAUUGCGACAAACUGUUAUAGUAUUGGUUUGAUGUUUUACAAUCGCCCCCCAACUUGGUUCUCGUUUGUUGUCUUCGUCGGGGUCACUUUUCCACUCUCGAAUCAUUUCCCUUCGCAGGAUGUUGGCUGAAGGUUGAUGUAAUAUACGAUCGAUCGACUCUGUUAUCCAUUAUCGAGCAUUAUUAGCUUCCUGUUGCUUACACUUGCCUCCCGCUUAAGGAUGUUCUUGUGUUAUGCUUCUUAAUUCGAACCGGGCAUUUUCUUAUCUUGCUUCCUUUAGCUCCUUACUACAUCCCACCGUAGUUCUAAUGACGGGUGUUGCUUUACACUCCUCUUAUGUUGCUGUUUCUUCUCUAUAAGUGGCCGAUUUCACACACUACAUUGCAAAUAUUAUUAUUAGUUAUUUUCAUAGUAGUAGUUCUCUUGUUCUUUCCCUCUCGCUCUCGCGCUCUCUCUUUCCUGUUUACGCGCCACAGGCAAACUGGCUCCAUUUUUCAAUGAUUCACAUUUUGCUUGGCUCAUUUACCAUUCCAAAUUAAACCUUCCCUUCUCGCUCCUUUCUUCCCCCUUCCGCGCUUUGUUUUGCUUCCCAGCUUCACGCAUAUUAUUUCUACAUACAAUAGUGUGUGGUGGUGUGUGUUUGUGUUUGCUUGGUUUCCUUAUUUUAGUGAUUUCUUUUGCUUUUCUUUUCUCCACCGCUUGCUGGGGUUUUUUUUCAUUAUCAUAUAUUGUAUUUGCAUUUGUUUUAUACCUUUCUUCUCAUUCGCUUGUUUGUUUCUGUUAGUUUAUCAAAUUUUCGCAUUUAUGUUCUGCAGCUUCUUUACGGUAAUAUUAUGAUGGCCAAUCAAAACAGCACUGCCUGUAACCGAUGGUUUUUAAAUGUGUGUGUGUAUGUGUGUCUACAAAAUUGUUUGCUUUUAUAGGAGAUUGUUAAACUAUUGUAUGUUGAAUUAAUGUUUUUUUCCACCACUUGCUCACUUUGCCCGCUUUUUGUUUGUUGCUUGUUGGUUAGAUAAGAGCGUGGUUGUAUUAUUUGUUGCAUUUAAUGGUUUCUUAUUUUCCCUUUCAUUUUUUCUAGCUUACACACACACACACAACAGACACAGUAAAUGUAUUCCUUUUUUUGUUUCUAUUAAUAAUUUGCAUUCGUUCACUAAACCUUUUUUGUAUGUAUUUUUCUGUUUUAUCGUAUAAUCGAAAACCGGUGUGAAGGAAAUGAGGGGACUAAAUAAAAACACAAACCUCUUAACUAGAUUCUAGAUAAAAUUCGCCUCAAUGAUGGGGGCCGGAUAAAAAGGAUAAGGGCACCUCCCUUUUUGGCCGACCGGCUUGAAAAUUGCACCAUAAUUAUGCAUGUGGUACACAGGGGGGAAAAAGACCCCCGAAAAAACGGAGCUAAGACAGCGUCGUGUCGGUCCAACUUUCGAGAGACUUCUCCCGCAGCACAAAUGCUAAAAAUAUCCUCCGUAAUGAUCCCCGAUGUUCGUGGGCAAAUACAUGCGCGCCGCACUGCUGUCUAUUUUUUGAUACAUGCACGGGCGCGCUGCCUCCUGGUUGUUGGAGGCAUUAUUCCCUGAUUAGCUGCGACACGAUAUGGUGAUUGUUCAGUUUCUCAAUAUGCUACCGGCCAGCCAUCGGGAUAAUGUUUAUGCUGACCACCCCCCUUUUUGAUCCCACCCGCACCCGCGCAUAUACGUGCGCCACACAAUUGAUAAUGGUGGUGGUGUAGUAGUAGUUGUAGUUGUAGUAGUAAUAAAACACAUUUUUUUCUAUUAAAAGCAUCAAAUCCAAUCAAAACCAUUUUUGUACGCGAGAAUCUUAUGCUAAGGUAAGGAUGUAGCGCUGAUAAAAAUGAUUUAAAGCUGGGAAGAGUUAAAACCAAACGAAACACAAAAUCUAAUGCACACAUACACACGAUAAAACACGAUCUCUUCGGUGUGACUAUGGUAAAAGUAGAGUGUAAGUAGUUCCGGCUUGUGUUCUAAUUAUCAGAUAUGGGGAAAGCAAAGCAGAUUGUACGAUAGAAACCUAACACACACAGGCACACGACGCGGGGACCCAAAGAGAAGGAAAAACUAACACGCGUCCUGCGUUAUGCAAAGCUCAACCGCCAAGAUGGCGGAUCAUAGCAACACGUGAUCGUGCUUCACAGCACACCACGUGCUACUAUGAUGUACUUCAGAUGCUACUACAAGUUUAACAAGUUUUUGGGCAGAUUUUUCUCCCAUUCUCUAUCCCUCUCUCUCUCUCUCUCUCUCUCUCUCUCUCUCUCUCUGUGCUGUUCUGCUGCUAUCCGCUAGGAUUCCUGCUGCCAUCCACUAGACCAAGAUGGGUUAAUCCGCGUCUGGUUGGUAUGCACUGCUGGUGAUGGUUAGGUUUAAUCGCUCGUCUGGUUGAAAUAUUCUUUGUUAUCAUUUAGUGUAGAGUAAAUUUCUAUUGUAACCCUCCUUUUCCCACUCCAAAUACCAACACCUGUCCAUUUGUCACCGUCGGUAGUAGAAUUGUUCCAACCGCGGUUACGCUUGGUUAGAGCGAGAGAGAUAGUAGUUGCUAGUUGCUCUCUUGGUGUGGUUCGCUCGGUCUACUAAUAAGGGGUUAUUUAAACUCAAAAACUCAAACACACCUACUUUGUUACUCAAAUGUUUGCCCGGUUUAAUAGCUUCCGACCUACGCGCUCGCUGUGUGUCUACCGCUUUCCUUCCCUAAAGGCUUGCCUUAUUAUAAUGUAGAAUAGUAGUUGUUUAUAUUGUUUGCUGCAUCUUUCGAUCGAAAUACCCAUGCGUCGGGUGCCGUACGAUUUGAUGCGUUUGCCCAAUUUUCCCUCCGUUCCUUCCACACACACACACAAAAGGUUAAAAACAGUUGAAGCUUCUUGAAACGCCGGGGGGAUGUGGUUUUGUUAAAAUCGUUGCAAAGAGUAACUAAAUUUGGGACUAAAUUGUUUUUUUUUUGCCGUGUGAUGUCGGAUGUGGGGGGGUUACCCCCUUUCUGUUGUAGCCUCUCUCUGCGUUAAAGUUGAAGCGCUGCGAGCUUUGCAAAUAUAUGUGUAUAUGAACCGUGGGGCGGUGUGUACCGGGAUUUUCUCUCAGCACGCACACACACGCACAUCCCCACGGUAGGAAACCUGCCGGUGGUCCUGUUUUGUGUUCAUUCAUUCACACACAAACACACCAAAAAACACGAGCCCUUUCGCCCAGUUGCCUUGGGAUUUUCCUACCCUCUAUUCUAGAGCGAGCUGUUGUUAAACGUUCAAAGAUAUUAUGCUUUCAUCAAUGUGUGCAUCAUCAUCCUCAUCAUCAUCAUCAUUGUGGCUGGCGCGGUGUACGAACCGAUCCGGUCUCAGAUCUCGCACACCGGCAGCAAUGGUUAACCUAAUAUUAUAGUGCCUGUGCGCGCUACUUUACCGAAAUUGGUUCGAUUUUCUUGCUGGUGGUGGUAGUUUUCCAAUUCAGCUUUGCUACCUUCUAAUUCACACACGCAUAAU